AGCCACAGACAGUCAGUCUGAUAGAGGAGGUCUGUUUGGUUCAUGGUGGAUAUGAGUGUUAUAUGAACAAUCACACAUGUAGGAAGCCUUUUUCUGUUUCUCUGAACAUAAACACUGGUUGAACAUAAAAAGGAGAUAUUUGUGUAGAGCAAUAGUAGUGAACAUAGUCUUCACAGCAAACACGGGUUGUAAAUAUAUGACAUUUGCAGACACCAAGUCGCUAGUCUAAAUCUAGUUCUUGGCACCUUGAGACUGUAAUCAAUAGAGUAAUAUCAGAAACCGACUAAUCAAUAGACUAAGGUCAGAGGGUUCACUGACCCACAGAAGGAGGAGUACUUCAGCAAGAGAUUCAGAGAUCAGGAGCAGGCCAGCAAAAUAAUCUCCCACAUUAAGACCUCACAAAGCCUCCACAUCAUGUGCCACAUCCCAGUCUUCUGCUGGAUCACUGCUACAGUUCUGGAGGAUGUGUUGAAGACCAGAAAGAGAGGCGAGCUGCCCAAGACCCUGACUGAAAUGUACAUCCACUUCCUGGUGGUUCAGUCCAAACUGAAGAACAUCAAGUAUGAUGGAGGAAGUGAGACAGAUCCACACUGGAGUCCAGUGAACAGAAAGAUGAUUGAGUCUCUGGGAAAACUGGCUUUUGAGCAGCUGCAGAAAGGCAACCUGAUCUUCUAUGAAUCAGACCUGACAGAGUGUGGCAUCAAUAUCAGAGCAGCCUCAGUGUACUCAGGAGUGUUCACACAGAUCUUUAAAGAGGAGAGAGGACUGUACCAGGACAAGGUCUUCUGCUUCGUCCAUCUGAGUGUUCAGGAGUUUCUGGCUGCUCUUCAUGUCCAUCUGACAUUCAUCAACUCUGGAGUCAAUCUGCUGGCAGAACAACAAUCAACCUCCCAGAAGUCUGAAACAAGAAAAGAUUAAUCAAUAGAGUAAUAUCAGAAACAGACUGUAAUCAAUAGAGUAAUAUCAGUGUUUUGACACUGACUGAGGGUUUGGAGGGAAACAGUGUUGGAGUCUCUGUCAGGUGGUUUUAGGGCAGAGGUCUGGAACCAAGGACUGCUUUUGAAGUGGGACUCUGAAUGGAGAGCGGAUCAUCCAAAAAGAGGUUUGUGUGUGUUAUCAGAUGUUGUCCUCCUCUUUCACACACACACCAACAUCCUGUGGCUCACUCUCAGUGUAUGAGGAGAGUUUAGGGGGAGCAGCGAUGCACACAUUGUGUAUCUGUGUAUGACACUGAUGUAAUGUCCAUGUUUGCAUGCUGAAAGAGGAUGUGCUGCUCUGACCCCCCUCCUCC